AUGGCCAGGCUUGGCGACAUCCUACGGUCUUGUUUCACUUACGGGACCAUGACCCUCGGUGUUUUCUUGAUUAUGCCGUUCAAGAUGAGCAACAAGCUUCACGAGGCGUAUUUCGCGCGCUUCGCCUUUCCCAUACUAAUGUACCUGUAUGGGGAAAGAACGAAUGAGGUUCGUCGGAAGGCGGUGUCCCAGCUGACGGGCCUGGUGUCUCACGAUGCCAUUCUUAAGAAGGAAGGCGCCAUCAGGGUCUUGGAGAUCGGUGCCGGUUUCGGCGCCAACUUCGCGUACAUGCAGCGGAAGGUGAAGUACUGGAACGUGGACCCCAACGCCGAGUUCGAUGACGGAUUCCGAAAGAACAUGGAAAAGUACCCUAACGUGGAAAUGGAGAACUGGAUUCACGAGUACGCUGAAGACAUGCGGGGAGUUCCCGAUGGCCACUUCGACGUCGUGCUGAUAACUUACGUGCUUUGCUCCGUGACCGAAAUGGAAAAGGCUCUGGCAGAGUGCCGGAGAGUGCUGUCCAAGGGCGGCAGAUUGGUAUUCCUGGAGCACGUGGCCCAUCCAGAAGGUACCUGGGGCUUCUUCGUGCAAACGCUGCUCAACCCGAUGUGGAGUUUCUCCUUCUGUGGAUGUCACGUAAACAGGAGACCGGAACGCCUCUUGAAGGCUGCAGGCUUUGACCAGAUUGAACUUACCCAAGUGCAUGUGUCUAUUCCCACAGUGCUGAGCCCCCAGGUGUACGGCUCCGCCGUUGUAGUCAAGGCCUGA